AUGUCAGCUAUUCCAAUAAGCACAUCUUUGGCAAGUACAAACCCUAUUAAUAAAUCGCCGAGCAAGCAGAUGUACUCCUUCUCUAAAAGUGAUCGGUUUUUUAAACCUCAAAAAGGACAGUGACAGGAGAUAGGAUAUAUUCUUCCAUCCACUUUCACUAAACGGUCUGCUUCUUUCGGUUUAGGGUCAAAAUUGGAUGAGAAGUUUGGCAAGAGCUUUGUACCUCCACCAGGAGCAUAUAACACAAUUCAUUCUGAUUUUUCAAGGCUAAAUCCUCAUCUUCCAAGCUUCUCGUUUGGAGCAGGAAGAGGGGCAUUUGAAAAGACAUCUGUAAGGAAUACCAAAGCCAAAGACAAUCCUGGGCCAGGCCAGUACAGUAUCCCUAGUACAUUCACUCCUAAUACCAAGGAUAAGAGUUAUUCAUUGAAGGGAAGAGGGAAAUCAAUGCAAGAUUUGAUGAUCAUGAAAAAGAAAGAGCUUCCUGGCCCAGGCCAGUAUUCUCCUAAAACCACUAUGAAUAAAGAUGGAAUUUAUAGAGUUUCAAGUAUGAAAAACACUGCUGCAAUGUCUUUUAAGCCUUCUGAUAGAUUCAAGACUGUGAGAAGCUCUCUGCCAGGACCAGGACACUAUAAAACUCCUUCUAGUAUUAACUCGAAGGGGAAACAUUUUCUUUCUAACAUCAAAAGCACUGGUGUGGGAAUGUUUGGCUAUGGAAGAAGAGAUAACGAACUUCUCAAACAUUCUAGUACUCCAGGUCCUGGAUGGUACGAUCUUCCUUCAGAAUUGGGAUAUAAUGAAAAGAACCUUAUAAACCUUGCAGCUUCUAAGUUAAGGAAAAAGCGCAAGAAAAACCCUAAGACAACAAGGUAAUUAUAUAAAGUUGUUAAUACACGUUUCAGUAA